AUGCGUAAAUCUUGCCAGAAAAAAGUCGAUGUAAAUCUGGGAGGAGCUGCGUGGACAUACCCACAAAUAUUUCCCCGGCAGCCUGUACAAAUUGUUUGUGUAUUUUUUUUUGUCUCAUCCUACACCGGAAGUUACGCUGUCCUUCAUGCUGCCCGAAAAAUAUUUAGUAAUGUGAAAGCAUCAAUAGCUGAAGAAUGGAGUCCAAAUGCUAACUAUACUCAACAUCCACUUAAACCAGAUAAUCUCUGGAAUCAAUCUCGUUUAUUUCAUUCACCAAGUGAUGCAACAGUAUUUCUUGGAGUAUUAGAUGCUGUAUUCAUGUUUGCAUAUGCAACAGGACUUUUUAUCAGCGGCAUUAUCGGCGAUCGAUUUGAUCUAAGGAUUAUAUUAUCGUCAGGAAUGUGCUUAACAGCAGUUUUCAUCGUAAUGUUUGGUGUUGUUAGUGAAUGGUUACAUCUCUAUUCUAUAGCUUGGUAUGUGGUUUUUUGGAUAUUAAAUGGACUUGCACAGUCAACUGCAUGGCCGUGUGUUAUUGCAAUUAUGGGAAAUUGGUUUGGUACAGAAAGCCGUGGUCUAAUAUUUGGUGUUUGGAGUGCAUGUGCAUCGGUUGGAAAUAUCUUUGGAGCUGCUUUGGCAGCAGCUUUUCUGAGAUACGGUUAUGAGUAUCCCUUCUUAGUUGUUGGUAUACUACUAUUUUGUUGUAGUAUAAUUAAUCUCUUUGGAUUAGUUACAUCUCCUGCUCAAAUUGGUAUCAACGUUGAUGAUAGUGCAGUAUCUGUCGAAGAUGUCCUUAAUCAAUCGGAAGUAGUAACAGAAAAUGAAAUCGACACGAAUGACGAAACUGCCGCUAUGAUUGUUAAAAAUGUAAAAGAUGUAAAACCUAUUACAUUUUUUCGAGCUUGGUUAUUACCUGGUGUUCUUAUGUAUUCAUUAUGUUAUGCCUGUUUAAAAUUAGUUAAUUAUUCCUUUUUCUUUUGGUUACCAUAUUAUUUACAUAAUAAAUUUCACUGGGAAGAAUCAGCUGCUGAUUUACUAUCAACAUUAUACGAUGUAGGAGGAAUUUUUGGCGGAAUUAUAGGUGGAUUAAUAUCGGAUAAAAUCGGUUUUCGUUCUAUUGUUGUUGUACCUCAAUUAUUAUUAGCCGUUCCUACGCUGUUUAUUUUCAGCAAUUUGGGAAACCAUAAAGCUGUGAAUGGAGUUUUGAUGACAAUUGCGGGAGUAUUUAUUGGUGGAGUAGCUAAUAUGAUAUCAGCUGCUAUAACAACUGAUUUAGGCAAUCUCUUUUGUUUUUUGUCCGUUACUUUAGGUCGUCAAGAAAUUCUUCGUCAUAGUCACGAAGCCUUAUCGACUGUAACAGGCAUUGUUGAUGGUACAGGCAGCUAUGGUGCUGCUAUCGGUCAAAUAUUAAUACCAGUUAUUAUGAAGAAGUUUAAUUGGCAAUAUGUAUUCUACUUUUUUAUUAUUAUGACACUUGUUACGUGUUUAUGUAUUUUGCCAUUAUUUAUUCGUGAAUGUCGUGAAGUUUUCGAACGUAUAAUGGAAGCAAGAUCUGAUACAACUUCAAGUAUUAAUCAUUUUAAUGAACUUCCUGAUGAAUUAGUUCAAAAUAUUCUGAUCAAAAUUGGCCAUAAACUCGAAUCUACGUCAAAUAAUUAUGUAUUAUGUCAAUAUGAUACGAUUAAAACAUCAUAUUAUUAUGAUUAUGAAAUUCAAAAACCAUUUCUACAACAAACUUUGAAAUAUUUGCUAAAUGUGAUGCUUGUAUGUAAACGUUUUCAUUCAAUCAUUAAUUCUAAUUUAUUUUGGUUACAAAAAUGUUUAAAUGAUCAUUUAAUAUCAUCAAAACAAGAUCUUAAUAUUUUAAUAAAAAAUAAUGUACAAUUUAUUGAAUUAUAUAAGUUUAAUCCGUUUCAUUAUGGACACAAUUUUGUAAAGAAUCCAUGUGGACAACUAGGAUUACAACAUUGGUCUAUAGGUGACGAAGGAACAAAUUCAUUUAACUAUCGUGCAUCACAGUCAGUUGAUGUUGAACAACAACCGGGUGGUAGUGAUGAUUUAUUAGAUGAAUUUAAUCGAUCUUGUUCAUGUUUUGUCACCUCUUAUUAUUGGGGUAGAAUCGAGCAAAAAGUUGAGUUCUGUCAACAUCGACAAUUGUAUGAAAAAUUGAGACCAACAAUUGAAUUUACUGUUUAUAUUGCCGCUAGAUUUGAUUGUGCAAGUCAAGGUUGUGUUCAAUUAGAAUUUUAUGAUGAAAAUGCAGAACUGAAACAUAAAUGGAAUUAUGAAAAAACAUUUCCACAGUGGAACGAUAGACAUUGGACAAAAGUUGUCUAUAAAUAUCAAACCUAUGAAUUAUUUCCUUCGUAUGUCAAUAUUAUAAUAAGAGGCAAAGAUCGUCAGUUUUGGGCAGGAGCAUAUGGAACGAAAUUUUCACGUAUUACGAUGAAAUUAAUACUCAAAAAACUGGAUGACGAAAGUACUCAUGAAAAUUUAGAAUUGGAAACAAUUAUUGAACCAGAUUUGAUUAUUUAA